UUCCGCUCUCGGACUGGGAGAGGUGCUGCGAGUACUGCUCCGUGAGCGCCCUGCUGGGAGCAGAGGAGAGAGCGGGCGAAGCCGGAACCCGGCCAUGGACUUGGUGGCCUUUGAAGAUGUGGCUGUGAACUUCACACAGGAAGAGUGGGUUUUACUGGAACCUUCUCAGAAGAACCUGUAUAGAGAUGUGAUGUUGGAUAUCUGCAGGACCCUUGCUUUUAUAGGAAAUGAAAGGCAAGACCGAAACACUGAAGAACAGUAUAAGCAUCCUGAGAAAAGUCUAAGGCAUAUCAUAUCUCACUCUGGAUAUACACCUGAGCCUGAGGACUAUGGUAAGAAGCAAUAUACAUAUGAACAGUGUUGGAAAACCUUAAAUUCUCUCACAAGUAUUCAAAGAUACAUUGGGACCCACACUGGUAGUGGACAUUAUGGAUGUGAGGUAUGUUCAGAUUUCUCUGGUUUUUCCAGCUCAUUUAGAAUACAUCAACAAACUCACAGUGAAAAACAACUCUAUGAAUAUAAUCAAUGUGGAACUUCCUUCAUUUGUUCUGAUUUACUUUGCACAUAUGGAAAAACUCAUAAUGUAGAAAAAUGUUAUGAAUAUAAUAAAUAUGAUAAAGCUGUAAGUUCUUCCAGUUUUCUUCAGAGACAUGAACAGUUUCUUCCUGGAGAAGCACAUUCUGAAUAUAAACAGAAUGAUAAGCCCUUUAGACAUCACAGAGCUCCUCAACUGCAUGAAAUUCCUUGUACUGAAGAAAGCCCCCAUGAAUAUAAUAAACAAUGUGGCAAUAUUCUCAGUUUUUCCUGUUCCCUUCAAUUUCAGAAAAAAACUCAUACUGCAGAAAAGCCCUUUGAAUGUAAACAGUGUGGUAAAGCUUUCACAUAUCACAGUUAUCAUCAAGUACAUGAAAGAGCUUAUACUGAAGAAAGACCUUAUGUAUGUGAACAGUGUAAUAAAUCAUUCCAAGAGCACAGUUCACUUCAAAGACAUGAAAGAAUUCAUGCUGAGGAAAAACCCUAUAAAUGUAAACAAUGUGGCAAGUCUUUCAUUUAUCCCUAUUUACUUAAAAUACACAAAAGAUCACAUACUGGAGAGAAAUCCUUUAAAUGUAACCUAUGUAAUAAAGCCUUUCUAUGUCCCUCUUUCCUUCAAAGACAUGAAAGAACUCAUAUUGGGAAAAAACUCUUUGCAUGUAAACAGUGUGGCAAAUACUUCAGAGACUAUAGUUCCCUUCAAAGACAUAAAAUAAUUCAUGCUGGGGGCAAACCCUAUGAGUGUAAACAAUGUGGCAAAGCCUUCAGAAGUCUCAGUUACCUUCAUAUACACCAAGAAACUCAUACUGAAGAAAAACACUUUCAGUGUAAACAAUGUGGUAAAAUUCUCAGUUGUUUAAAUUCUCUACAAUUACAUAAAAGAACACAUACUGGAGAAAAACCUUAUUCAUGUAAACAGUGUGGUAAAUCCUUCAGGGGUUUUGGUUAUCUUCGAGUUCAUGAGAAGACUCAUAAUAAAGAAAACCCCUAUGAAUGUAAACAGUGUGGUAAAACUCUCAGUUGCUCAAGUUCCCUUCAAUUACAUGAAAAACCGUAUGAUUGUAAACAAUGUGGCAAAACCUUCAGAGGUCUCAGUCGUCUUCAUAUACAUGAAAUAACUCAUACUGGUGAAAAACCCCAUGGGUGUAAACAAUGUGGCAAAGCCUUCAUCUAUCAUAGUUUACUUAGAGUACAUGAAAGAACUCAUACUGGUGAAAAACCUUAUGAGUGUAAACAAUGCAAUAAAACUUUCAGAAGUCUUAGUAAUCUUAGAGCACAUGAAAGAACUCAUAGUAGUUUCUAUGAAUGUAAACUAUGUGGUAAAACUCUCAGUUCUUCUAGUUCUCUUCACUUGCAUGAAAGAAUUCAUACUGGAGAAAAACCCUAUCAAUGUAAGCAAUGUGACAAAGCCUUUAUUCGUCUCAAUAAUCUUCGAGUACAUGAAAGAGCUCAUACUGGAGAAAAACCUUACAAAUGUAAACAGUGUGGUAAAGCUUUCACAAGUCCCAGUCAUCUUCGAGUCCAUGAAGGAACUCAUACUGAAAGAAAACCCUAUGAAUGUAAACAAUGUGGUAAGUCUUUUAUCUCUCGAUGUUUACUUCAAAUGCAUGAAUGGUCUCAUACUGGAGAGAAACCCUAUAAAUGUAAGAUAUGCAAUAAAGCCUUUCGUUGUCCCUCCUUUCUUCAAAGACAUCAAAGAACUCAUACUGGAGAAAAACCUCAUGAAUGCAAACAAUGUGAUAAAGCCUUCAGUAGUCACAGUGCCCUCCGAUUACAUGAAAGGACUCAUUCUGGGGAAAAACCUUAUGAAUGUAAACAGUGUGGAAAAGCCUUCAAGGGUCUUUCUUGUCUUCAAAGACAUGAAAGAACCCAUACUGGGGAAAAACCCUAUGAAUGUCAACAAUGUGGUAGAGCUUUCAGAUGUCCCAGUUUGCUUCAAGAACAUGAAAGAACUCAUACUGGAGAAAAACCCCACGAAUGUAAACAGUGUGGUAAAACCUUCAGAUGUCUUGGUUAUUUUCGAAUACAUGAAAGAACUCAUAGUGGUAUAUAUGACUGUAAACAGUGUGGUAAAAUUCUCAGUUGUUCCAGUUCCCUUCAGUUACAUGAAAGAACUCACACUGGAGAAAAGCCCUAUGAAUGUAAGCAGUGUGGUAAGACCUUUAGAGGCCAAAGUUCUCUUCGAAGGCAUGAAAGAAUUCAUUCUGGAGAAAAACCUUACAGUUGUAAGCAGUGUGGUAAGUCCUUUAUUUAUCCAUGUUUUCUUCAGACACAUGAAAGAUCUCAUACUGGAGAGAAACUCUAUAAAUGUAAUAUAUGUAGUAAAGCCUUCCUUUAUCCUAGUUUGCUUCAAAUUCAUGAAAGAUCUCAUACUGGUGAGAAGCCCUAUGAAUGCAAACAAUGUGAUAAAGCCUUCAGACGCCACAGUUCCCUUCAAGUGCAUGAAAAAACUCAUGCUAGAGGAAAAAACCCAUAAAUGUAAACAAUGUGCAAAAACUUUUAAAGAUUUCCUUCAAAUGUAUAGAAGAUGGGAGGAAAACCCAAUAAAAAUAAAACAAGUAGUAAAACGUGUGUGUGUGUGUGUGAUAAUAUAGAAAAACAUCAUGGGAAUCCUGCAUGAGAAUAUCUUCAAUUUAUUCGAUUAUAUUGAAGAACUGAUUCUGGAUGAAAACCCUGCCAAUUAAUGGAAUGUAUAGACACCUUCAUGUCUUGCACAUGCACUCAAAGACACUUGAUUGUGCACAGUGGAGAUGGGCCUUUGUUGUCUGACUCUUCAGGGAAGAUAUGAACAAACAUCUACUCACCCUGUGUAGGACACCAGUGAUCAACCAAACUAAUGAUUCCACCAAAGAUCAGCUUGUCAAGCCAAUUAGUUUAUUGGGGUUAUUUACAAGAUGGUGAGUUGGAGUGUUACUUACAGGAACAUGGAUGACUGAGAAGCAGCCUGCAUCACAAAAACAUCCACCCCAGCAAGAGUGGCAACUCAUUACAGCUGCAUCCUUGGAAUUCCCUGCUCUACUUCUAGCCAGCUCAGGUGAUGGGAGACUCUUCCAACCCAGCAGCCAUUACUGCUUAUAUAACCUUUGUGAAUUUUGUAAGUUUCCGGACCUUACUGAGACUGGUGAUGUUUGUCUACUUCCUGACCCUUGUAAAUUUUGUUUACUACCUGGGUUUUUAAGGGCAUCCCUCUAUCAUCGAAUGUUGCAGUUUGUAUAAUAGUCUACAAUCAUUUGUUCAAGAAAACAGGAAAGCUUUGUCCUCUUAAAAUUAAGAGUGGGAGUUAUUCCUGAUUACUUUUAGGAUGUUCUUUUCUGAUUCAUGUUCACUUCAUUAUUAGAUUUUUUUCUUUGUCCUGAGCUAGUAAAAUUGACAAUGAAAGGCUGCAGGGGAGAUUUUGGUAAGUAGAAGUGUGUUCAAAUUCCUGUCCUGGUCACUUCCAUGAGCUUAACAUUUCCAAGACUUUUCAUUUUUAAAACAGUAAGUAGUAACACCAAGUGUAUCAUAUUGUUAAGAAUUAGAAAUAUGUGAGGGCAGGGAGAUAGCUUCAUUCUGCAGGAGGGAAUGCUUUGAUUCAUAGGAAAUAGCUACACAGUACCUUAUAGUAAUGGACAUUGGAUUGAAACUCUAUCAGUUUGGAAAGUGAAGUGUUUUUCAUUUCAACAACUACAAUAAAAGUCACAUAAGAACUCCCAGUGGAAGCAAUUGUAUAC